AUGUUUGACGUCUUCGCCCACCUAUUAUCCUCCAUCGCAUCUUUUCUCUUUCCCCUCUUCGCCUCUUACAAGGCUCUCAAGACCUCCGACCCGGCCCAACUGACACCAUGGCUCAUGUACUGGGUCGUGCUCGCAUGCGCCCUUCUCGUCGAGUCUUGGACUGAAUGGAUUCUGGUUUGGAUCCCUUUCUACGCCUACAUCCGACUCCUCUUCCUGCUCUACCUCGUCCUACCCCAGACCCAGGGCGCCCGCAUCAUCUACCAAACCCACGUCCACCCCUUCCUCCAAGACAACGAAGCCCAAAUCGAAGAGUUCAUCUCCGAGGCCCACGACCGCCUCAAGGCCGCCGGCAUCGCCUACCUCAAGCGCGCCAUCGAGCUGAUCAAGACGAACGUCCUCGGCCUGCCCCCAGGCGAACCCGAGCCCGCCCCCGCCCCCGCCGCGGCCUCGCAAUCCUACACCCAGUCGCUCCUCGCCCGGUUUAGCGUCCCCGCCGCGCGCUGGGCACCUCACGGCAACACGGGCGCCGACUUCUACAACCUCCUCGCCGGCGCCGUCUCCGCGGCUACCGGCGGCGGUGUCGGCGGCGGACACCCCCACCACCAAGACCUAUCCAAGUCCGGCAACCUUAUCCCACCAGAGCUGCAGGGCGGCGAGCGCACCAGUUUCAUCGCCGCCCAGCGCGAGCGCCUCGCUUUCCUCCUCAAGGCUCUCGAGCGCGAGGCCGCCGCCGCGGAGGCACAGGCGCCCGAGACGUACGCGAGGGCGGGGAGCAUGCAGCUGGAUGGUAGCAUAGAAGAGCUCACCCAACGGCCAUUGAGCGCGCACAGCGGACUCAGCAAGUCGCGCAGCGAGACGGACUUUGAGAAGAUCGACGCGGAGAGCGGGGCCGAAGACCAGGACGGCGAGGGAACCAUCAGGCGGAGACAGGCGGGUGGAUCGUCGUGGAUGCCGUGGGGAUGGGGCUCGACGCCAACGGCCGAGAACCCGGACGGUGGGGCUAGCUCUGGCGUGCAGAAGUAG